AUGGAUCUUGCCUUCCUACGAGACCGUGGCUUUCGCGUGUAUAAAGCGAACCAAUUGCCCACACUCUCGGUGGCCCAUCAAGAUUUCAUCACAUCCCUCGUGGCGAAGUACUUUUAUACUAAGUACACCAAAUCCACUAAUGAUUUGAUCCCACGAUAUAAAAGCGCCGAGGAUGUGAAGGUGGCGGUCCGUUCUGAGAAAUCAGUACUCGGAGAACUCAGCUUACUUCACCUCUCUAUCGAGCACGGCCUGUCAAUGCAAACAGUAGUGUUUAUUCAGAACGCGCAGAAAACAGUCUCUUUAAUCAGACUGCCCAUCCCUCUAUUUUUGGUAGAAGUCUUGGAAAGCUUGGAUCUCGACUUGGCUUUCGCACUUCAGCCGGUUGCCCUCACCCAUGAUUUUGUUCAUAAAUAUGUGAACGGACUAAAGAUUCUAAUUUCUGAAGACCCAUCAGUCAUGGGCCAGAUCGAUUUGGUCUUUUCACCACGACAGGCUCUCACAGGCAACUCCUUACGAAACAUCUUGGUUACCUUCCCAAAGGAGGAUUCCAGUUCCAUUCUACAGAAAGAGAGCCCGCCUUUGGAUUGCUUAUACGACUGGCUAGCCAAAACCACCACUUUGAAGUUCAAGAACUUAGAUGUCAGCAGCUUUUCAAGCAGACUAGUGGCAAUCAAAACAAACACACUCACAUUGGCAAACCCGCUGUCCCUGGAGGACCUGUGGGAAUUGCUACUUAAGACUGUGCUCGAAAGUGUGUACAUAUAA